AAUAAUUUUUUUAACUUGUUUUGAAAGAUGGUGAAAGAAAAGGAAAAUAUCCACGAAAGUGCUUUAUUAUUAAUUAAAAAUAUUAAAUAUGAAAAACUUACGGGUACAUACAACAUUGUAGUUGAAACUAUAAAAACACUGAAAGAAAUAAUAAGUAAUAAAGAAUGGAGGACAGCGAAGGAGUUGAUGGACUUGAUCGUGUUGAACGGCAAGUACAUAAUCAACGCAGUGCCGCUGGAAGCAUCUAUAGGAAACAUGAUCCGGAGAAUUCUCCAAAUAAUCCGCGAGGAGUACACUUCUGAAAUAAAAAAUAAACCCGAGGAAUCUGACGGCCAGGAGUCGCUCCAUAAAAUUUUGACAUCCGGAGACCGGGAUAUUGAUUUUAACACUCCGGUUCCUACUCUCAAGUCCGCGUUGAUUGAGCAUAUCAAUGAGUUUGAAGUCGAACUAGAGACUUGCUGUGAGAAUAUAACAGAACAAGCAUCGGAACACAUUCAUUCAAAUGAAAUAAUAAUGACCUUGGGUAAAUCCAAAAUAGUGGAAGAAUUUUUUAAAAAAGCUGCUGAAACGCGUGUAUUUGAAGUUAUUGUGGCUGAAGGCGGUCCAUUUUUAGGAGGCCACGAAAUGGCAGCAAAUUUAUCAAAGCACAAGAUAAAAACAACAUUGAUCUCUGACGUCUCAAUCUUUGCAAUGAUGUCGCGUGUAAACAAAGUUAUCAUUGGCACAAACACAGUAAUGGCUAAUGGUGGAUUAAAGGCAAUUACCGGAUCACGUACAGUAGCUCAAGCAGCUAAACAUUACUCAGUACCGGUAAUGGUAUUGUUACCGCUUUAUAAAUUAUCCCCACGUUAUCUCUGUUCUUACGAGCAAGACGGUUUUAAUAAACACAUCGCACCUAUUCAAGGUGUAAUUAACGGCAAUAAUGCACCGCUGUUGGAAAUAAUUCAAGCACAUAAUCCUGUUUAUGAUUAUGUACCUCCAGAACUUGUUAAUUUAUUUAUUACAAAUACGGGCGGCAAUGCACCAUCGUAUGUCUAUCGUUUAUUAACAGAACUCUAUCAUCCAGAUGACUACGAAUUAUAA